AUGCAACCUUUAGGAAUGCACUUCAAGCCUAGUCAGUACAACAAGAAAAUCAAGCUAUCGACAAGGUGUCAUAUUUUUGAAACUUUGACAACGCUUGAUAAAUUAGAGCAUCCACUGACUAGUUCUGAGAGGGAUUGGUUUGAGAAACACCCACAAUUCAAGCACAUUUUCCACAUGCCAAGGGACCCAAACCACAAGCUUAUGGGAAUGUGGUUGCUCUUACUUCGAACUGCAGAAAUUGAAAAAAAGAAGGAAGCAUGGUUUGUUGUGAAUGGUGUUCCAAUUCAUUAUGGUCUGAGAGAACACGCGUUGAUGUCUGGAUUAGAUUGUCGGUGCUAUCCACUUGAUUACACAGAAGCCGGCAGUAACGAGUUUCGAAGGAAGUAUUUUUUACGAAAAACAAAGGUUAGACUUCAAGAUGUGAGGGAAAAGCUAAUGGUAAUGCAAAAAGGUCGUACUCGUGAUAGGUUGAAGAUGGCGGUUCUCUACUUUUUAGGAAGCAUCAUUGUAGGCCAUACAAAAGACUCGGGGAAAGAUGUUGCGGGUAUCGAUGAUUUUGUUGUAAGAGCAGUGAAUGAUCUAGAUUUUUGUGUGUCUUUUCCUUGGGGGAGAUUAUCAUUCGAGAACAUGCUAGAAGAGAUUUCCCAUACAAUGAGGCAUUUUAAAGGGGUCAUGCAUAAUGAGAAAGCGUUAUGGCCUGUUUCAGGUUUAUGUAUUCCAUUGGAGUUUUUACUAUUUGAGGCAGUUCCAAUUUUGGCGAACACUUACAUUGACCAAAUUCCUGAGGCGGAUGCAAGUUGUCCUAGGAUGUCGUUUACACAUGCAAUUGCUAGUGUGAUCCCUCAUAUUGAUGAAGAAAUUCCUCUUCUCGAUUUAAUCAUGGAAGAAGCUGAGGAAGACGAUACCCAUGAUGUUGUAGUUGCCAGUUGGAUGUGGCGCCUUCGUAGAGGACUACCUGUACUUUUGGAGGAGAUGUACACAGCAGAUGUAGCUACUCGUUCAGGACAAAACAAUGCGAAUGAGGAAAUAGACGCCAAUGAACAACCGAGAGAAGAUACUAUUGAGUUGGUGGAUCUUCUAAGCACCAUGAAGCAGGAUAUGAAAACCCAGUUCGAUAACAUUUCGGCGAAGAUUGAUGGGCUUGAAAAAAGGAUCGAACCGUUGGAAGUAUAUGUGAAAAAGCAAGAGAAAUCAAAGAUGAUGAGCAACCGAGUACUUCGCAAGAAGGAGGGAGAGGGACGAAAAGAGAAAAAGGUCUAA